AUGAUUCUGAGCAUUUUUUGCAAAUACUUGCCGCAGCUGUUUUCGUUUCGAGCCCAUCGCUUGACAAAGGCCCAGUUUAAGCUGAAUCUGCUUCAGAACAAGCUGGACGAAGCAAACGAAGCGCUUCAGCAGAUGAAUCAGGCGCAGGAGGAGACGGCACGCAUGCGGCUUCGCGUUCAUGGGCUGGGAAAGACUGGCAGUGGUUGUGAGAGCCGGAUCGAGGCACUGAACAGGAAGAUUGCCGAUUUUGAGAGUCAGGUGCGCCUUACUCGUGAUGAUUACGAUCUGCGCCUCAGCCAGCGCGAUAAACGAGUUGUGGAGCUGCAAGAAAUUGGCCGCCUGCUGAAGGAGAAUCAAGAUAAAUUCGACCUGGGAGUUCAGCUUAACACCGAACUGAAACCUUACCAGGAGUCACGGUAUCACAUUUAUUGCUUCUCGAGGAUAUUUCUGAUAGCGGCAUCACCAGCAGCUCCUGGCGAUCGUUUUCUGAAUGUUUUGUUUGCUUAUUUUGGAUGGCUUCGAGCAGUCAAAGGGAAGCGCUUCAUCGCAUUCGACGGCAGUCUCUCUUACCAGAACAUUGCCAAGAAAUACAAAAUAAAAUUCAAUUCGGACUGCGAUAUUGAGAUCGAGGAGCAUGUUGUGGACGGCAAGUUCAUCAAACUGUGCAACAAAGGCGAUCAGGCCAUUUCGAUUGGUCAGUGG